AUGACUUCAACGUAUGAGCUCGUCAUCAGAGCCUCGUUGUUGACGAUAGAGCCAAAGGUGUGUACAACAAGCCUCGCUGAGCACCCUCAGGGCUACUGCUACUCCAGACAAGACUGCGCUCUUCUCAACGGCACCAGCGCUGACUCUUGUGAUACAAACUACGGCUUCUGCUGUACCUUCAGUCGUACGUGCGGCGGCAGCACACUUACUAACAUCACAAGUUUCGUCAACCCAAGCUACCCAAGCGUGGAUAAAACGUCCGGUGACUGCAGCAUCGAAGUCGCCUUAAUAAGUAACAACAUCUGUCAGCUGCGCUUGGACCUGCAGAAGUUUGUUCUGGCCCAGCCAAACUUAGAUGGCGUUUGCGACACCGACUAUUUGAGUGUUAGCGGGACUGCCAAUGAUGCGGAUAUUCCGAGAAUUUGUGGGACGAACUCCGGACAGCACAUUUACGUGAAUGUGGAUCCAACGCGAAGCCCAAAGAUUAUUAUGAAAACCGGAGCCUCUGAAUUUGAAAGAUCUUGGAACAUCAUCAUCACGCAGAUUGAUUGUAACUCUCCUAAAAAAGCUCCCGAUGGUUGCUUACAGUACCACUCUGAACUCACGGGCGUCGUCGAGAGCUUCAACUACCGGAAGCCAACAAAUAUUAUUGAAAUAGACAGUAAUCAAGUGCAGCGUCAUUUGGCCAAUCUGAACUACGCGGUGUGUCUGGCUCGUAUGGGGGGAUGUAAGAUAACUUGGACGCCAUCGCAAACUGAAUCACCUUACGCUUUCAUCAUGUCCGGAGAUGCCAAAACAGAUACGGUCCAAAUUGUGUAA